GGUUUUAUCGCCAUAGUUUUUUGGCUGUAUAAAAUUUUUCAUAUUGUUUGUGCAUGUCUUUUUAGAUUAUAUGGAGAAGUGAAGUUUGAAAACUUGUAAGGGAUUUGACCUCAAAAAUCAUUCCAAGGGAAACUUUGCCCCCUAGUUGCCAAUUACUGUUAAAUCCCUUAUAAUAUUGUUAUCUUUAUGUUACCAUAAAAUCAAUAUCGUGAGCAAUGCCAUAAUGGAAACUUCAAAGGAGACUAAAAUCCUUCCUCUCAAUCUGCAUCUGAGGACAACAAUAUUUUUUCAAAAGAAUUUGAAGAAUUUUUCAAAAUGAGGCUGUAAGUUGUAUAGGUGGAUUGAGUAAAAGAACAUCAAAAUUUGCCAUUGCAAAACUGAUGAUGUCUUGUUUUGUGCCUAACAAAUUAGCAAAUGAAACAUGUUUCUUGAAACAGUGAUAAUGCUUUUGACUCUUGAUACUAUUAAAACACUCGACUCUUGAUCUUAGAAAUUGUUUUCCUUCUUAACAACUACAAAGAUGUCUUAAAUGACUUAAAGAAAAUUCUGCUGAUAUCCACAAAACAAAGAAUCCAAAUAAUAGGAUUUCCAAAUGUUAAUCAGAUUCAUUAUCUUCAAAUGUGAAGGCUAUUUGGUAAAUUUAAUUCCAGGAUCAAAACAUGCUAGAUGCAAUAACCUGCAUGCCCUUGAUUUUCAAACUUUUGUUAAAUUUGAUACCAUCACAAAUUUGAUACAAAUACACAAUCUUAAAGAAAGAAAACCUUUUUACAUCAUCAGUAAUAAAGGUGUCAGAUGUAUUUUAUUUGUUUCCAAUAUUGUUUGGUCAGCCUUGUUGACGGAAGUUGUAAAUGGAAGUUGAAACUGUAUUAAGUAGGAAGCUAAAUGAACUCGCUUUCAAAACUUUGUUCCAUUUUACUUUUUUAAACAAGCACCUACCUUAAAAAACCAACUCAUCUUCAUCCCAAGGAAAAGUUAAGAAAAUGCAAAUAUAGGGUAAAAAGCGGUUGAGAUAUUGAAAUUUACUUGCUGAUAUGUACUUUGUUAACAUUUUGUUAUUGAAAAUGUUAGGGGCUCUACCAGAAAAAAUUGCGAAGUAAACUUAGUGAGCACAAGUGUUUUAUAGGUUUGACAAAUGACGGUGACAGCGUCGUAAAAAACAAAACCCUCAAAAUUUAAACCAUUUUUUGAAGCCAAAGGGCGUGAGCCUAUGCAUAGUUAUUGGGACAGUCACGAAGCCUUUGAGACCUUUGUGAGACUGGUUACAAUUCCCUCAAAAAUUUUAUGACUGGUUCUGUUUAAGAGCAUAGGUAAGAUUAAAUUUUGGUAUUGGACUACUAAGACGAUCAUUGUUAGCCAUUUGUUUUGCGGAGUGACAAAAAUCUCAACCGAUUUUUAUGGCUCCUCUAUCAAUGCUGCUGAGGCACCUGAGUGUACUUGUUAGUACCGGAAACUUUGGUAUUUUCACUCAAUGAAGAGAUGAAAUAUUGUUUUGGCAAAUCUCCAGCAUUAUUUGUUUCUUCAACACACCACCACAAGUAACAGGUUGGAAGAGAUGGAGUUUAGAUUCUGUUGCAACAAAUCCCAAAAUGGUUUUCACGAUUAGGUCCGUCACAGAAACAAAAGUAAUAUGUUUACUUGUAUUGGUAAUAUUAUCUAAUCAUAGAAAAAUUUGCUGUUAAGUGUCGCUGUGUUUUGUUUCAUUACUUUUUCUUGUACAUAAGCGCCUGCCUCUUAUCGGGCACCUGAUAAUCUUUGGCCGCACGGCCUCCUAAUCAAAUAUCAGCCUUCUGCAAUCUUGUAUGGAAUGGUAGGAAUGGUAGUGGGCAGGAAGGUUGCGUAGUUAGUACCAGAAUAGUCCUAAGUGUCAUCAGCUCCUAUAUGUUAAGGAGUUUUUUAUGCACAUCUUUUAUAAUUUGCAAUUGAUUUUUUGAAAUUUCAACGCAACUUCACUGACACGAUCAAGGCAAUAAUGGAAGGUUAGGCCAUUUUUCUCUUCCAAACUAUGACAACAAUCAGCAAAUGAUGAUGGAAAAUCAAGAUGAAAAUAGUAACGCAGAUUGUCAGCAGUUGUUGAAAAGGCUGCAGAACAUUGGAAUAUUUGUUGAAAAUGGGAAUGAAAUUUUUAAAUUGAUCACCAAUUUGGAAGAGACAGUUGAACAUCUGAAAAAGGAGCUAGAGGGAGUUUAUGAGAAAAAGAAAAAUUCAGAUAAAGAAAUCCAUUCUUUGAUGCUGCAAGAUGUAGAAAACCGAAGGAAGAUUUCAGAUCUUGAAGAUGAAAUUAGAAGCCACAAGAAUAAAGAACCACUUUAUCAAAGUUCAUCUUUGAGAAGAACUUUAACUGACCAUACCCAGUUGAAAAGCAUAACUGAGGGAUUAGAAAAAGAAAGAGACACAUUAAAAAAAAAAAAUAUUGAGUUAGAGCAGAAAGCUGUGGAUUUUUUCAACACUAAAUUGUUAUGGAAGGAGACAGAAUUAAAACUGAAGGAAGAAAAUAUCAAUUUGAGAAAGCAACUUGAUGGUCAAAUUUAUACCGAACAAACACAGAAUAGUGAAAUUGUUUUGAAGGAUGGAAAACCAGACAUUGAUAAAUUAACUGAUCCUGGAGAAAAGCCAGUGGAACAGUUUACAAUUUUACGAAAGGAGUUAGAAUCUGUAAGAAAAGAGAACAAAAGGUUAAAGGAAAUGAAUGCUGAUUUUAGAGAUGAAAUAGUUUCCCUAAAAGAUACCCAAGAAGUUGUGAUGAAACAAAAAGAUGCAGAGUACAGCCUGCGUGUUGAUCAGAUUGAUACCUUGAAAAGAGAAAAGACAGGUUUGAUUGAUCAGUUGGAGGAAAAGGUUAAAGAAAUUCAUGAUCUUAAAGAAGAAAGCACUAAGAAUGAUCCUAAAUUGUUUAGAGAUUAUGAGCAAUUGCAAAUAUCAUACAAGUACUUGGAAGAUGAGCUGAAAAAUUUAAACAUUCAAGUAGAUCUCUUGAGAGGUCAAAGAGAGCGACUAAAGUUAGAAAGAGAUACAUUGGACAAGGAAGUUGAAAAUAAAAAUUUGAUUAUUGAGGAAAAUCAGAGGACAAAAGAAGCUCAAGAAGCAGUUGCUGCUGAGGCAGGGGCUCAAAAGUAUGGCAACUCAUUAGAUGUCACAAUCACAAAGGUUGAUGUUGGUGGCAAGGAAAAGAGGUUUGGAGUAAAGAUGAUGUCUAAACCAUCAAGAGUAGUUAUUACAGAAGUGGUAGAGAAACAAACAGAAAUAAAGCCGGGAGAUUAUGUCAUAAAGAUUAAUGAUAUGAAUGUGCAAAAUUCUGACAUGAAGGAUGACUUUAGGGAUCUUGGGAACCUUGACUUCUUAAAUAUGACCCUUGUACGUCCAAGAGACUGCUUUCAGGAAUACAACGUCAAAGACCAAUCGAACUGUGUCGAUGCGAAGCUUUCUCUAGUAGUGACAAAGUUAAGCUCUGCUGCGAAAAGAGCCAAUAUAAGAUUGGGCGAUGAGAUCGUCAAGAUAAAUGGCUUUGAUGUUAGCACUUUACCAUUCAGUAAAAUUCAACAUAAAUUAGCAAAGCAUUCAGUGAAACUGUCCGUAAGAAGAACAAUAGAUGAAGUAGAGUGGAUUUCUUCAACGCCAAGCGCCACCUAUGAGAGUAUUGACAACGUGGGAGAGAUUUCAAUUGGAUCGAAUUUAACACGUUACAAAAGUCGGUCUGCUGUAAGCAGCUCGAAAGCAUCCUCGAUCUCAGCUAGUUCCAGUUCACCCGACGACGAUGAUUCUUCAUUUCGUCGUAGCGCAACUGCCGCAACUGACAUCAGCAGAGCGUUUAAAAAUUCUGUUACAUCGCCAGAUAUCGUGGUUGGUGAUAAGAUUUUAAUAAGAAAUAAUGACACGGAUGAUAGCGGAGACAGCUCAGUGAUCAGAGAGCAGGAACGUCAAGGCAGCAAUGAACCAGAUUAUGUUUUCAUGGGAAACCCUCCAGUCGAUGAACAUCAUCAUCUUUCUACCAUCCCUGAAACUUCAUUACCUGCGCAGAAUGGAGAAACUCGAAGUGAUUCUUCUAGUUCUACAAAACACGAUGAGGUGGCGAGCGAGUGUUCUCCGGUCAUCGCCCGGCCUCCUCAUCCUCUACCAGACAAUACACAUUCGAACUCUGGUGCAUACCAUUAUGUUAACCAAAAAUUUUCAGAUAUAAGAGGGUAUCAGAGAACUAUUACACUCAGAAAGAAUGUAAGUGUCCCGUCAUUUGGUUUCACAAUAUUUGGUGGAAAUAAAGUUGGCAUUUACGUCGAUCAUGUCAAAGAAUGGGAACCUGCAGAGCAGGAAGGACUCCAGGAAGGAUCACGGAUAAUUUCUAUGAAUGGAGUUGAUGUUACUGGAUCAGUGUUUUGUUUUGCUGCAGAAUAUAUUCGAAAGUUAUCUAACACUGAUAUGUUGAAGAUGAUUGUGAUGAAUAUGCCAGAGAAAGACAUUGCUGCUAUUCGGUCAAAAGUUCCAUAUGACUGGUUCUCUGUCAAAGCAAGGAAAGAUCAUCCUCAUGUGCCGGGUUGCACGUUGCCAUUCAAGAAGGGUGAUGUUUUGCAGAUUAAGGAUUCGUACUAUGAUUUUGAUCCAAACACGGGUGGAUACAAAUGGUUUGCAGUUAAAGCUAUUGGUGGUGGGGUCUACAGCCAAAUGAGAGAGGGAUCAGUUCCUGCAGAGCAAAGCUCAGUUUACAAAAUGAACGAGGAUUAUCCUGAAGAAGAGUUUGACAAUGUCACUGAUUCUAAAAAGAAGAAAAAAUUAUCUUUUCUGAAACCUUGGAUGAAAAAGUCCGAAUCAUCAGACAAAUACGAGGAAAAUUCAGUCUUCCCCCAUGAAGAACUCUACGAGUAUUUAGACGAUGUAAAAAUCUAAUAAGCAAGAUUGCUGCCGAAUAUAUGGAGAGGAGAGGGUAAAUAUGUUAGUGCAGAAGUUUCUUUGAGAUUUGAAAUCAUUAUGAAUAUGUUGAAGAACAAACUUCGUGUAGUGAAAGAGAUCAGUUUAUGAAUUGUCAUUUCUCUAUACAGCUCAUAUUUGAAUGUAAAAUUUCCGUAAAUUUUGGAAUUGUGUGCCUUUUGAGUUUUAUCAAAGGCAGUGUAGUAAUCUACGAAUUCUUAGAACGUAGAACUUUUUAUUUCUAUUUAACAAAGCUUACUUUAGAGUAAUUUUAGGACUUCUUUAUGGAAUCCACGUCGCAAAUUCUAAGUUUAAAUGAAAACGAUAGUUUCUUAUGAUCAAUUUUUUACGACAUGCCUGCUUACACAAAUAUUUUCGUUUUUAUGUUGUAUAAAAGUAGAGGGUGUUAAUAAGUUUGUAUAUGCUAGUACUUUUUGUCAUUGUUUCCUGCUUUGACUGUUUUGCUAAAUAUUUGCCAAAUGUUUUAUUACGAUUACGAUCCACAAUGUUUUAGAAUGCAGUAUAAUUCAAUCCUGUUCUAGAUUUAGUUUAAAUUUUGUAAGAUUAUCCGGUAUAUAACAACGAAGGAACACCCGAACUCGAACUUCAAUACUCCAUUUCGUAUUCUCACGCAUAACAUAAGAUAACAAACCGGGCGCAUGCCCAACAUAACAUUAAUACGAGGCUAAUAACGUCACAAAUUUAGUUAAAGAAAGUUUAGUUCUCCCUUUGGCAACCCAAAUUGAAAGAUUUCGAAAUAUUUUUGUUUGUAUUGUUCAAAAUAUUUUGAUGCUUCAAUUGAAAUUACCAGUUGUACUCGUGGCUAUUAUAUAGAAUACGAUAUAGACAGCUACUUCUCACUUUGAUCGAAUGUUACACUUUCCUUUGUAGCCCCCUUGAGUCCCAGAGAUUCCCCCUGUAUUAUUCAUUUUUGCGUUAGUGAACAACGUAUCAAGUAAUCAUCUAACUCAAAGAGUUUUAUUUAAUUUGAAUUCAGGAAUUAACUCAUUUUUAUUGUAAUAUUUGGAGCAGCAUACCACGUCAUAUUUAAUUUUAGGCCUAUGCAUCUGUUGUUCAAUAUCUUGCCGUUUUGAUAUUUUCAUAUUUAACGUCCAGUUUUUUGGAAGCUACUGUAUUUAAUAUGCCAAACUUGAACAUCUGUAAUUUCAUACCAGUAUUAAAACAUAUAA